AUGAAAAAGAAUAGAAAAUCAAAAUAUUACUAAUUUGAUAUAAGAAUUACCCUAAAAGGUUUUCUAAAUUUCAAGAAUCAAUAUUAAUCAUAGAAAAGCAAAAUUAUUGAUAAAAACGUUUUCUCAGAGAAGAAACCAAUGAACUCAAAUAAGAAAGCUUCAAAGAAGGAUGAAAAACACAUUAAAAAAUAACCUGAAUAUGUUGAAAAUAACAAUAAAAUUUGUGUGCCUGAGUAUGAAAUUAAACUGUUAACCACUCUAAAUCAGCUAGAAACCCUUUUUGAUAAAUUUGAAAAAGAAGAAACAUCUCUAAUUUCAACAAAGGAAGAGGAAAAAAACUUAAAAUAAACCACAAAAAUUAAAGAAAAUAAAUUUAAAAAAGAAUAAAUAUGA